GCUCUUUUGUUCACUUGAUGAAAGAUGAACAAAUUAGCAGGGAUUAAAAUUUUCCAGAAAAAAAGAUUUCUUCUUAUCCCAAGUGUUGUGAUUCAUUUCUAUUUGAUAGUUGUAUAAGAUUAAUAUUAUCUUCUUUCCCUUUGCAAUUUUCCCAUUGCACUAGGAAGCUUUCAUCUUGAGUUUACAGUUUAGCUUUCAUCUUGGAUCGGUCUUUGUUCAUGGUUGAUUUUACUAGACUGAAAGAGGGAAAGAUUCUUACUAAACUUAUUUUGAUGCCUUUACUAUCCGUCUGCAUUUGGCUGCUAGAAAUAAUAAUUAUAAGAUGAUUGGCUUUGAUUCUACCUCUUUUACUAGGACUAGUCUUUUUAGUGCAUGCUGAAGGUAAAAGUAAUGGGUUGUGAGAUGAAUUGCUUCUUCUUCUUCUUCUUCUUCUUUUUGAUGUGCUAUUAUGAAUGAAGUUAAUUUCAAUUGGCAAUGUGUAGUGUCAAGCAAGGUUGGUUCUGAUGGCUUUUUCCAUUAAAAGAUGAUAAGAAAAUGAAAGCAUAGAAGCAAACUUAACAAAAAGAAUAGCUAAAAGCUAGGAUUCAAAUAGCGGUCCGAUACCAGAAUAGCGGCCGUUAUAUAGCGGUAGCGGCACGUCCGAAACCGCUUUUGCUGAAAAUAGCGGUGUGAAGCGGAGUCACGCCAAUAGCGGUGGGUCGCGGCUGCAAUUUAACGGGUAACGGCCAAUUGCGGCAAUAACGGGCCGCUAUUCCCGUUAUUUUCCGUUACAGUAAAUUAAAAAAAAGUCAUCCCCUCAAACAAAAAUAUCAACAGAAACAAUGAAAAACAAAAGGGAAUAUAUUCCCCUACCCGCAAAGUGCAAAAUCAGAGAGCUUUCAAUCAAAAAAACUAAAAAGAAGUAAAAAACAGAAAAAAGUAAUCAAAAGUUUCAAAACUCAAAAGCAAUAGAAAAAGAAAUAUGAAAUUCUGUUUCUUAUAUAUGGGCAAACAACAAGCAGCAGAUGAAAGCAAGGAGGAGCCGACUGCCGAGGACUUGAAUCUGAAAAGCAAACCCUGCCGGCCUGCCCUAAUCACUUGCACAUUCAGACUUCAGAGAUCGAUAAUUUUCAACAUGCCACCAUGUGAAGAGUUCCCGACUAAAGGAUUGGAUGGUGCACCAAGUAAUGAUAUAGGUUGGCACUUUGGAACUCAAGUGCCAAAUGCGAAAGGAAAUAUCGUAUGUAAACUUUGUGGUAAAGUUGUGAAAGGAGGAAUAACAAAAUUUAAAGAGCACAUUGCUCAUAAAACCGACAAUGUUGCACCAUGCCCUAAUGUUACUGGUGUCAUUAGAGAAAGUAUGAUGAAUUUGCUGAAAGAAGGAAACACAAAGAAAGUAGACAAAAAGAGGAGAAAAGAUGAAUUCUUAUCUCAAUUGAGAGAAGAGGAGGAUGAACACGAGGAAUUCAUUGAUGAGGUUUCUGCUAUAAGGCAAGCAACUCGAGAAAGUAUUCAAUCACAACAUGAGUGGCAUAGAAGGGAAGAAUUCAGACGAAGUACUGGUGCUUGGGAUAACAUUUAUGAAGAAGGGCGAUCUUCUCAAGGAUUAGCUAGAGAAUAUCAUAGAGAAAGAACAAGUAAAUCCAUCCCAAGUGAGUCUGAGUUUACCUUAAGGGGAGCUAUACCUGAAUUGGUUAGAAGCAAAAGUUCAAAGCAACCAAAGGUCAAUGGCUCUUUUUUGAAGAGUUUUAGAAGGAAGAUAGGUGAAGCGGUAUCUAAAUUUUUAAUAUAUGAAAGACUUCCUUUUCAAUUAGCAAGCUCUCCACAGUUGUAUAACUUAAUUCAAAUGUCAAUAGAAGUUGGACAAGGUGUAAAGUUCCCAACACCUUAUGAGGUUUCAGAUGUGUAUUUGGAGUCAGAGUAUCAACGAGUUCAUGAUUGGGUAAAUAGACUAAAGACUCAUUGGAAAGAUUUGGGUGCAACUCUAAUGUGUGAUGGUUGGACCAACAGUUUGAAUCAAAUGCACAUCAUUAAUUUCCUUAUUUAUUGCAGUAAAGGAACCAUUUUUUGGAAAUCAGUAGAUGUCUCAAGUAUCCGUAGUAGAGAUGUUGAAUUCUACUACUGUUUGUUAGAUUCAGUUAUAGAAGAAAUUGGAGAAAAUUACAUUUUCCAAAUAGUGACUGAUAAUGAGGCAGCAAUGAAAGCUAGUGGAAAAAAAUUAAUGUUGAAAAGAAAACAUCUAUAUUGGACCUCAUGUGUAGCUCACUGUUUAGAUUUAUGCCUUGAAGAUAUUGAGAAAGAGCAUAGUGUAGCAAAAGUGUUAGAUGAGGCAAAGAAAGUGACUUGGUUUAUAUACAAUCACAUUUGGACUGUUGAUUUGAUGAAGAAGUAUACACAAGGGAAACAAAUACUUCGCCCCGCUCUUACUCGAUUUGCAACUCAUUUCAUUCAACUUGAGGAGAUAACAAGACAAAAGCAAGGUCUGAGAGAAAUGUUCAAUUCAAAGGAAUUUAAAGAAUCAAAGUGA